AUGGCUUCGGCGUUCGUGGCAUCAACGAUCAAGGCGGAGAAGGUGGUCGUGUUCUCCAAGACUUACUGCCCAUACUGUGUCAAGGCAAGGCGCCUCCACAGUGGCGGCGGCUCCGGGGCGAAGCGCGCCCUGAGCCAGUUCACGCAGAACUUCAGUGUCGUCGAGCUGGACCAGCGCGGCGAUGGCGACGCCAUCCAGGACGCUCUGCUGGAGCUGACUGGGGGCCGCAGGUGA